AUGUCGGAGUUCAACAUCCUCACCCCCAAUGCCAUGCUCGGCUACGGCUUUAAGCUGGAGCAGUUCUGGUAUGGCAUCGAGAAAUACAAGCCAAAGGCCAUCAUUGUCGACAGCGGAUCAACCGAUGGCGGUCCGUACAAGCUAGGUCUGAACAAGAUGACGUGUGGUAAAGGGUCAUACGUUCGCGACUUGACGCCACUUCUGGAGGCCUGCUACCACAGGAAGAUCAAGGUUCUGAUCGGCUCUGUUGGUGGUGAUGGGAGUACCAAGCAUGUGGCCGAGAUGCUUGAGAUCGUGACCGAAAUCACGCGAAGCAAGGGAUUUGCGUUCAAAGUCGCGACCAUAGACGCGGGGAUUGACAGAGAUUUCGUCAAGAGUCGCAUCAGAGUUGGCCGAGUUGGACCAUGCGGACCCGUGGAAGACCUGAGCGAAGAAGCCGUGGACCGCGCAGUAGAUGUCGUCGCACAGAUGGGCGCGGAACCGUUCUUAGAAGCCCUCAAGGGCGACCCCGACAUCAUUCUUGGUGGUCGCGCAUACGACCCCGCGCCAUUUGCAGCGUUCAGCAUGUUCCAUGGCGUCCAACCCGCAAUCGGCUGGCACAUGGGGAAGAUCAUGGAAUGCGGCGGUAUCUGCGCUGUACCCAAAGGUCGGUCGAUGAUUGCGACUAUGCGAGCAGACUCAUUUGACCUGACUCCACUCGCGCCCAACGAGAGGUGCACGCCGCUUUCUGUGGCAUCCCAUACGCUAUACGAGAAGACUCGACCAGACAGAUUGCCAGGACCAGGUGGAAUCUUGAACCUCGACGGGGCAGAGUAUGUGCAGCUGACAGAAAAGACACUUCGAGUCAAGGGCGCCACAUUCGAGUCCAGUCCAGUCUAUCAGAUCAAGCUCGAAGGCGUCGAAAAGCUCGGCUAUCGAACCAUAUUCAUCGGUGGCAUCCGAGACCCAAUCUUGAUCUCGCAGAUCGACGACUUCCUUGAGGGUGUCAGGAAGUACACCCAAAACUUGUUUCCAGAACUUGACAAAUCUGAUCAGUGUCGACUCAUCUUCCACAUAUACGGCCGAGAUGCAGUGAUGGGCCCGCUGGAACCUGCUGCACGCGUGGGACACGAAAUCGGCGUCCUUGGAGAGGUUGUUGCAGAAUCGCAGGAGUUGUCUCACACAAUUGCCAACAAUGCUCGUGCGUCAAUCUUGCACAUGCCCUAUGAGGGCCAGAUUGCGACGACCGGUAACUUUGCCUCUCCGCUGUCACCGCAUGAGACCCAUGCUGGACCGGUUUUCAAGUUCAGCCUAUACCAUCUCGUUGAUCUCGAACCAGAAGAGGAACUGUCGCUGUUCCCAACCACCUAUCAUUCAAUCGGCGACAACACGAGCUCAGCGUCGUCGGCAGCUCCAUUCAUCGAAGAGUCCGCCAUAGCCGCAUUGGAGGCACAACCUCUGACCCCGCUGAGCUUCAAGACCGUGCCAAAGGAAGAGUGCGAUCUGGUUCAAGUCGCCAGAAUCAUUCGUUCCAAGAACAGUGGGCCAUUCGAGCUUACAAUCGACGUGAUGUGUGACACCAAAGACGCCUACGAAAGGCUCAAGGCUGCUGACAUCCUGAAUAAUGAAGCUAUACAGAAGCUGUAUCAUUUACGACCGGAAGACAUCAUCACGAACAUGUACUUCGCCCCUGCGCUUGCCUGGAAGUGCACUUUCAAACGGCCUUGGGCUCAGGGUAGUGUAGGGGAGCGCGACACUCUGGGUACACAGCAGCAUGCGCCUCUGCUUGGACUUCGGGUCCCGCCGAUGCGAAAGGGCAGUCCAGCAAAGCUCAACGGAACCAGCGUUUUAGGCGCUACCACCAAAGAGCCAUCGCUGAACGGUGUCCACAUGAAUGGGGUCAAUGGUAUGCACAAGACGAACGGCAGUGCCAACGGCGCGAUCUCCAACAGACAAUCAUUCACAGCCAUUGAUAGCCUGGAGUAUCUGUGGACAGAACUGGGACUACCGAAGUCCGCACUGCAAAGCGCUCAACUACCAGGUGAUGGACUCGGCUUACCUUCAUCUUUCAAGAUUGCCCACUUAGCCCAAGCCUCCAUUGGUCUGACAGCACUUCUGGCUGGGCUCCUUCAUUCUGUGCGUACGAACAGUCCGGUGCCAAAGAUCGCAGUACCACUGCUGCAUGCUGCGAUCGAAUUCAAGUCUGAGCGUCUGUACUCAAUCGACGGAAAGCCAGCGCCUUCACCCUGGGGCCCAAUAGGUGGUCUUCACACCACUGCUGACGGCUAUGUCCGCUUACAUGAUUCCUUCCCAAAUCAUCGCGACGGGGCCAAAGCUCUGCUCGGGUGCUCAGAUAAUGCCGAACGGAAGGACAUCGCAAAAGCUGCAAAGAAGUGGAAAGCAGUUGAUCUCGAGGCGACAGCAUUCGAAAGCGAGUUAGUCAUCUCUGCGCUUCGCUCCUACGAUGAAUGGGAUUGCUUGCCUCAGUCCAGGGCUAUUGCAGAUUUCCCUAUAUCGAUAAAGAAGAUCGCUGAUGGACCACCAACACUACCAGAAGGCUUCUCUGGAGGUGCAGAUAAGGCAUUGAGAGGACUCCGCGUAAUCGACAUGAGUCGUGUGAUUGCGGCUCCUCUCGCCGGCAAGACACUUGCUGUGCACGGCGCGGACGUACUAUGGAUCACUUCGCCGAAUCUGCCAGACCUACCAACAAUGGACAGAGACUUCGGCCGAGGGAAACGGACAGCUCAGGUGGACUUGCAAAGCAAGAGCCAAAGGUCGGCCUUGAAGUCACUGCUUCGCGAGGCCGAUGUCUUCAUCCAAGGGUACCGACCCGGCAGCUUGGCCAGCAAAGGCCUGUCUGCCAAGGAGCUCGCAUCUGACAAUUCUCACGGCAUCGUGGUGGCCAAUAUGUCAGCAUACGGGCCUACCGGACCCUGGAGCGGCAGGAGAGGUUUUGAUUCACUAGUGCAGACCUGCUCCGGUAUGAACGUCUCAGAGGCUGAACAUGCUGGUAAGGGCGAAGUCGCAAGGCCUACACCGUGCCAGGCGCUCGAUCACGCAGGAGGCUACUUCCUCGCCGCCGGUAUCAUGGCGGCAUUGUACAAGAAGGCUACCGAGGGUGGUUCUUACGAAGUACACGUCAGUCUUGCUGGGACUAUGAAGUAUCUCCGCAGUCUCGGACAGUUUCCUGGUGACUCGGGUUUCCAGUGCCAGGACUACGACUCUCCUUCGGAAGUCGCCGACGAGUUCAUGGAAACUCGUGAGUCUGGAUUCGGGCAGAUGAGGUCUGUGAAGCACUCGGCAUCUGUGGAGGGAGUCAAAGUUGGCUGGGACGUGAUGCCGAAGCCUUUAGGGUCAGACGAGCUAAGAUGGCUCUAG